AUGGCAGCUACUGGCGAGGGUGAUGUAGAAUUGGUGUGGCUGGGCCUUUGGGCCUCGGCGGGAGGGCGCCGGGGCUUCACCUCCAAGGCGGGUCCCCGGGUAGAGGCCGGAGCAUCUAGGCGGGUGCUGAAGGGCGUGGGCCAGAUCCUGGAGCCGCUAGCGCUUGCGGACUUCGGCAGCGGAGAGGCCGUGGCACGGCCGGAGAAAGCCAUCGCGUUCGCCUACAGGCUCUGCGCCGUGGCCACGGACCGGGUGGAGCCCGCGCAGUCAGUCCUGGAGGAUGGAUGUCUGUGCUUAAGAUCAGACAAUGUGGUAGAAGGCAACUGUGCCGAAGAACUGCUACAAAACUCCCGUCGAGAUGUGGAGGAGUAUUUUGUGGCCCCCCUAGGUAGUAUCUCUUGGCCAAAGCUAGAUGAAAAAGAGCCCCUCUCACACUGCUGA